CGCCUCGCCCGGAGCGACGUCACAUUAAGGUGGAAGAAGACGAGCUCAUUUUUCCAGCCUGUUCUCAUCUAAAGAAAACACGCAGACAGACUGAGCGGGAGGAGAGUCGCCUCUACCUGCAGCCUGUGGGCGCCCUCAAUUAUUUCACCAACUUCUUCAUCAGCGCGUCAGCUCAGAGCGCUCCUCAUCUCACUGCGCAGCGGCUUUUUCUUACCUUCAGCUGCGCGUCUCUUCCUCUUCUUGCCUCACAGAAGUGGAACUGUGACAGAAUCAAGAACUUAAGAGUUGGAUCAUUUCCGUGCGCAGUCUGGAGUGUUUUCCUUACAGACCACAUUGAAACCAUGUAAUUGCGCUGUGACAGACAAAGCAAUGCGAUAAUGAAGAGGUUAACCACACCUUUGAGUGCGGACAUCACUUCUCUGGCCACUUGACCGGCUUUGCUGAGCAUUAAAAUGCGCCCCAGUGAAGAGGAGUUGGACUUUUGCGCACUCCUUGACGGACACUUUCCAGAGAGCGUUGACUGAUCCGCGCCGUCAUAGAAAAAAAACAAACAAACAAACAAACAAACAAACAAAAAAAAAAAAUCAGUCGGACCUCCUAUGAUUCUAAUUAAUAAUCACAGUCGGUGUUGGCUGAGGUCGUUAUAUUAAAGUUUGGCGAAGGGAAAAAUCUCCUUGCGGAAUUGCAGCGGUCAACAUGACGGUUCGCCUCUCGAGGAUCCAGCUGGCCCUGUUCUUUAUCUUGCUCUGUCCGGUCAACAUCAUCGGACUGUGGUGGGCAGUGGGAAGUCCCUUGGUCAUGGAUCCCAACAGCAUUUGCAGGAAGGCAAAGCGCCUAGCUGGAAAGCAGGCUGAGUUGUGCCAAACUCAACCAGAAAUCGUCAGCGAGGUGGCCAAAGGAGCAAGGCUGGGUGUCAGAGAGUGUCAGUACCAGUUCAGGUACCGGCGGUGGAACUGCACAAGUCACAACAAAUACUUUGGCAAAGUACUUCAGCAAGAUAUCCGGGAGACGGCAUUUGUCUACGCUAUCACAGCAGCAGGGGUUACACAUGCUGUGACCCAAGCCUGCAGCAUGGGAGAGCUCCUGCAGUGUGGAUGUGAAGCGACCAGAAACAAAGCUCCCCCAAGGCCGCCUUCAUCAACUUCAUCCGGGGAUGGGGUUAAAUGGGAGUGGGGAGGUUGUGGUGAUGAUGUAGAGUUUGGUUAUGAAAUGUCCAAAAAGUUCAUGGAUGCCAAAAAAAGGAGAGGGAAAAGUGAUAUCAGGACACUCAUUAACCUUCACAACAACGAGGCCGGGAGGCAGGCUGUGAAGCUUCACAUGAGGACUGAAUGCAAGUGCCAUGGACUGUCAGGCUCUUGCACCUUGCGCACAUGCUGGAAAAAGAUGCCUCAUUUCCGUGAAGUUGGUGAACGCCUGCUGGAGCGUUUCAAUGGAGCUUCCAAGGUGAUGGGCGGCAACGAUGGGAAGACCCUGAUACCUGUCGGCCAGAACAUAAAGCCGCCGGACAAGCAGGAUCUGAUAUACUCUGAUGAGUCUCCAGACUUUUGCCUCGCAAAUCGGAAAACUGGCUCGCUGGGAACGCGGGGGCGGAUUUGCAACAGCACCGCCAUGGACAUCAGUGGCUGUGACUUGCUGUGCUGUGAGCGAGGCUACAGAGAGGAGACGGUGGUGUUUGAGGAGAACUGCUUGUGUCGUUUUCAUUGGUGUUGUGUUGUCCAGUGUAAAAAGUGUAUGGUGAGAAAGGAACUUAGUCUGUGUCACUGAUGAAUUGAUUUAAAGAGUACUCAUAUAUUUUAAUUAUAACCCCUUCUGUUUCUUUUUAGUUUCUUGCUUUUGUUUUGUUGAUGUUAAAGAAGGAAAGGAUGUAAAUCUCAUUGGUUAUCCAUUUUAUGUUUGUCUUUUGACUCACUUUACAUCUUUAAUUUUAAAGUUCAGACGUUAUUGUUUGGUUCCUAUGAAUUUUGGACAAAUAGCCAAAAGAUCCAAACUACCUAAACAACCUAUUUUUUUAGUUAUGGUUUGACAAUGGACCAAAUAAUGUUCCUUUUCCUUAAAUAAGAGAUUUAAUGCACAGAGCAUCCAUUAUUUUACUAGCUAGGGACGUUUUAUUCAUAAGUCUCUCUCCACCAUAUUUUUAACAGAGCUUCGAGUAGCUAGUACACCAAAGAGGUGUCUGGAUCAGUAAAGUGAUUUGUCUGAUGUGUUCACUACCUGCUGGCAAUAACCACAUUGGGUAUGAUAUAAACUUGUGAGGUUGUAGACAGUUUUUUGUACUGUUAUUUAAGUUUCCUCAUAGACAUUGUGGUCUAUCUUCAGUAUGCUGUAGGAUAAUAAAAAUACAAAGCAUUGAGUA